AUGGCUACUUCUGAAACCAACAAAGAUACUAACAGUAGUAACCACGACGGUGCAAUUACUCUUGAUUUUCCCAAGGGUAGUGGACGUCCUAGUUUAGGAAGUGAUGUUAUGUAUCAAUAUCAAGGUUUCUGGAGCUUUGCUAAAGCAAUUCAAGACGUAAAGAAUGCGCAACAGAACUUCAAAGCUUCAGAUACAGAUGUGGUUAUUUCCACACUGCCCAAAUCAGGCACCCAUGUCCCUUACCCUUCUUUGCCAGAAUCUAUUAAGACCAACACAAACUGCAAGAUUGUAUAUAUGUGCAGAAACCCUCGGGACAACUUAAUCUCUGCAUGGCAGUUUGUGAACAAACGCAGGGCAGCAUUGCCACCAAGCACUGAUAAACUUCCGCCAUUGUCACUUGAAGAAGCAUUUGAGUUAUUCUGCGAUGGCAUCUCAAUAUUCGGACCGUUUUGGGAUCACGUGCUUGGGUAUUGGAAAGAGAGCUUAGAGAAGCCUCAUAAAGUGUUGUUCAUGAAAUACGAAGAUUUGAAGAACGAACCACUAAUUCAUUUGAAGAGACUUGCAGAAUUCAUGGGUUGCGGUUUCACUUUAGAAUGA